AAAAUUGCUGAACUUGCCACUUGGAUAUGGUGAGAUGCCAAGAAAAUAUCAGAACAACUUGGCGGUGAGAGUCAUUACUUGGAAACUUCUCUUUUGCCUUUCAUGGCUCCAACUCUCACCUCCAAUUCAUUUCUUCUCGCCUUCACACCCCAUUCAAGACACACUCUCAAGAUCCCAAGACUCGGUGUCUUUGCCAAAAGAGCCGGACCCUUCUCCCCAUUUCAGCUUGGUAAACCUAGAGAUGGCAGUGCAUCAGAAGAAAGCCAAACUGGUGGUUCAGGCAAUUCGAGUUCUUUUAGUUUCAACUUUGGCAAGGUACCUGAUGUCAAGUCCUUGAUACCUGUUGUGAGUGAGCCAGGUUCUGGUUUGUCUUUUCCAAGAAGGAAGGAUCCGCGCACCGUGUUUGUGGCUGGUGCUACUGGGCAGGCAGGUAUUCGAAUUGCACAAACUUUGCUGCGUGAAGGUUUUAGUGUUAGGGCUGGGGUUCCUGUGCUGGAAGCUGCUCAGGAGUUGGCUCGUUUCGCAGUGGAGUAUAAGAUCAUUUCAAAGGAAGAAUCAAGACGCCUCAAUGCUGUUCAAUCCACUUUCAAAGAUGCAGAAUCAAUUGCCAAAGCAAUUGGUAAUGCAAGCAAAGUUGUGGUCACAAUUGGUCCUGCAGAGAAUGGUCCUACCUCUGAAGUCUCCACAUCUGAUGCCUUGCAAGUAAUCCAGGCUGCUCAGCUAGCAGGAGUUGGCCAUGUCGCAAUAAUCUAUGAUUCAAACGCUGCAGGUUCUUCAACAUAUAAUGUCCUGGAUGGCUUCACAUCAUUCUUUAACAACUUGUUCUCUCAAUCUCAGCCAUUGUCCAUACUUGAGUUCCUGCAGAAAGUAAUUGAGACAGAUGUUAGCUAUACUUUCAUAAAGACAAGUUUGACAGAAGAUUUUUUGCCAGAGAGUUCUUAUAAUGUUGUUGUGUCAGCUGAAGGAAGCACUGGUUCAAACGACUACAAAGUAGCGAGGUCUCAGAUAGCAGUCAUAGUGGCUGAUGUUUUCUCAAAUACGGAAGUGGCAGAAAAUAAGCAGGUGGUGGAAGUUUUUACUAAACCAUCAGCACCCUCAAGGACUGUGGAGGAGCUUUUCAGUGCCAUUCCUGAAGAUGGAAGAAGAAAAGUUUAUGCAGAAACUCUUGCUAAGGCAAAAGCUGAGGAAGAAGCAAGGGUAGCUGCUGAGAAAGCUCGUGAGGUAGGCAACACAGCAAAGAAGCUUGAAGAAGAAGUGAAAAAGCUUUCAGAGAAAGAAGCUAAAGCUGCUAGUCUAGCUGAAGAAGCCCAGGAAAAGGCUGAGGCUGCUGGGACUUCAAUGGAAAACCUCUUGAGCAGAGCAAAAGACAUCGGAGCAGGAUUUUCUUGGGAGAAACUUAGUUCCCAGAUCGCAACUGCAGUUCAGACAACAAACGGAGAAAAAGCGAAAGCGCAGAUUGCUUCUGUCAGGGGACAAGCCAAAGCUCGUUCCCUCCCUUACCAAAAAGCUGUUUUUAAAGGAGCAACCGCAAAAUUUCCUGCCUUGAAACCAAGAGAGGAGCCAAAGGCCGAGGAGACAGAGUCAAAGAAAGAAGUAAAGAAACUAUUUGGUGGACUGUUUCAGCAAGAAACUAUAUAUGUUGAUGACGAAUGAGACAAUACUUGGUUUUGUAACUGUAUCUUGUAUUUGGAGCUACACUGAUGCAGAUGUCAUUUAAAGUUUGUAAUGAUGUUAUGAGUAUAAACAGAAAAUGUGUACUGUUUCAAGGUUUUCCAAUCACCUUCCCUAUGCAAAUAAAUUUCUUUAAUUUUCAAA